GUGACGGCCGAAGCCGAAGCCGUUGCUGCCUGCCGUCUAUGGUGGUAGCACUUCACUACUUCAGGAACACGUGCUCCAUAGAUUGCCAGGCAAGACGUAUAUCCUUGCUUGUUCGCGACUAAAAAGUUACAGCAACCAGUGCUAGCGGACGAGUAGCAUAAGGAGCAAGAACGAUGGGUAACGUCUUCGCUUCAAGUCCUUUAUCUCCACCGACAGCCAUGGCCCCGGCCCCUCCACCGUCGGUACCAGAGCCACCGGACCAGCGCGAACUGCCACUUCAAGAUGAUGGUGAGAUGCAGAACCCUGGUACUCUAGAAGACCUUCAUAAGAAGUGCAAAGACAUAUUUCCGGCAAACUUCGAAGGAGGUCGCUUGAUGGUGAAUAAGGGUCUCAGCAACCAUUUCCAGAUCAGCCAUACCCUGAACAUGAGUUCUAUAACGCCCUCCGGGUACAGAUUUGGAGCCACGUAUGUGGGCACGCAGCAGUUUGGUCCGGCCGAGUCGUACCCGGUUCUGCUUGGUGACAUUGAUCCUAGCGGCAACCUGAAUGCGAACAUUAUUCAUCAAUUUACUCCUCGCAUUCGCACCAAAAUAGCGGCGCAGGUCCAGGACAACCGAUACGUUGCAACGCAGCUGACUGCCGACUACCGGGGUCCAUCGUACACCGCGUCGGGCACGCUAGGCAAUAUUGAUAUCCUGAACAACUCGGGAGUCAUUGUGGCGCACUACCUGCAGAAUGUGCUUCCAAACGUGGCCCUCGGCGCUGAGUUAGCCUACCAGUAUGGACCUCAAGUGCCGGGCGGCGAAAUCGCCGUCCUCUCGAUGGCGGGACGCUACACUGGCUCCAACUACGUGGUCAGCGGCACCUUGGGCAUGGCAGGGGCACAUUGCUGCUACUAUCACCGCGGUAGCGAGACGACGCAAGUGGGUGUCGAAGUGGAGACGAACUUCAGGGUGGGGGAAAGCGUUGCCUCCAUUGGCUACCAAGUGGACUUGCCCAAGGCGAACCUUGUUUUUCGCGGUAUGGUCGACAGCAACUGGACCGUGGGUGCCGUCCUUGAGAAGAAGCUGCAGCCACUGCCCUUCACCUUUGCCCUAAGUGGCAUGCUUAACCAUGCGAAGAACCAGAGCAGAUUUGGCUGCGCACUUAUCAUCGGUUAGCACACUUUUUAGUGCUUUGCGUGCACCUUCGGGUGUAUUUAGCAGCAGAGGAAUGGCAUGUAUUUUUUGAGCAGCUUUUUAGGAUGGCAGAUCUGUGAAGGCAAUGCCUUGAUGCAAUUUCACAGUGGUCCUAGCAGAGCUGCCCGAGGGUAUGCAGGUCGUUAUUACAGGAGUAGUUACUUCCUCAUAUUCAUUGUUCGAUCCAUACCAGCCCAUUCUUCGCCGGCCCAUGGAUGUGUACAUAGGCAUUAAGCUUCUCUGCCAUUUGGACAAUUGUAUUUUUUAAUGUGCUUUUUUUUUUUUGCACUAGUGGUCCAUAGCUGUAGGUCAUUAAUUAAUUUCAUCUAGGUGCUAUUUUAUUUCGUUUUCUUGAGACAUGCAGAUUAUGGUGUUUCAGUCAAACUGCGGCACGGCUGAAACAAAAAAAAAACACUAUGGCUAGUAUACAAGAUGAAAGCUUUUUGCAACGUUUAUUUGUAGUAUAGAAUUUGCAGCAUUUCUGCUGUUGGCGUAGACUCCAUCUGAAAAGGAAAAAUGCAGUGAAUGAAUAGUUUCCAAGUGUUGAGUAUGAUACGAAUAAAAGUAAUGAACUGUA